AUGACGGGUUAUGAUUCAUCUCAACCGUCUGAAUAUUCCAGAACACGUCUUGAUUAUUCAUCGAAUUACACACAAAGUAAAUGUGCUGAUGUAGAUUCAUUUUUCGAUACGCCAAUAAUUCAAGCAUCAUAUGAUUUUAAUGAAUUAAUAAGGUCAUUAGCUAUUGAUAAAAAAACGAAAGAAAAUCAUUUACCUUUGCAAAUUGUUGGUUAUUUAAAGAGUCAAGAUGUGAACCACAUAUUUUACACUUGUAAUGAGAAAUCACCAUAUCUUACAGUACCGUUUAUUAAGAAAGAUCCAGACAUUCUAUUAUGUGCACGUGAAGAUGAUUUGAAAUUUUUACCAUUUUACAUCAGUGGAGUAAUUGAAAUUAAUAAAAAAACAAAAAAACAUCGUGUAUUAACCAGAACAGAUGUUGGACAAUUAAUAGAAUAUUUAGAUAUUAUCCUGCAUUUAACUCCAAAACGUUCAUAUAUUUUUGGUUUAUUAAUUGAUUUUCAUACCAGUGUUAUUGUACGUGGUGAUAUUAAAGAAGGAAAUGAUGAAUAUCCGUCCACAACGUUUGAAUCAUUUGAAACAACAGAUGGUGAUACCUUAACCAAAUUUAGCGAAAUUGUGCUUAUUGACAAAGGUCCAUAA